AUGGGUGAUUUGUCCAUGAAAAUUAUGGAAAUGAAGAUUGGUUCCUUUCUGAUAGCUUGUCGUUUUCCAUUACCGCCACCGCCAUCCGAGGGAAACACUCAGUGGCUAUUGCUUUGUACCAUUGGAAAUUGCUUUGAUCGUGUUUGGUUUCAAUAUAAAACAACAAAAAUAGGAGAAAAUAUUCGAAAUGAUAAUACGAUUAUAUUCCAUAAGGAAUUGUAG